AAUGAGUAAAAGUGAUUGUUAAUCCAAUAACAUGGGCUACUUUAGUCUAGUACAUAGAACACAGUAUUUUUAUCAAAACAAUUCUCUUUUCUUUUCCUAGAAUUUUGAAAUACGCAACCUUCACAUGUCGUCGAGCACUUUAAUGCAGCAAUGCCCUUUCUAUUUUCAGAACGACUUCCUGUCCCAAAUUUAAAAUCGUAUUGCAUUAUAAGCAUAGUCAUAUUUAUAGCAUCCUUAGCAUAUGGAAAGAAUGUGUUUGAGGAUUCUCUUUCAGUAUGGGAUUAUUUUGCUUCAAUACUUCAAGAACCAUUUUGUCUCUGGGCCUUGGUCAAUAUGGCUUAUUGUCUCCUGUUUUCAUUUGGGAAGGUUAUACAAAACUUUGUACUUGGAGAGUUACGUGCUGUUGAAGAACAACAUUUGCAAGAUAAAUUUUGGAACUUCAUAUUUUACAAGACAAUUUUUGUGUUCGGUGUCAUCAAUACCCAAACGUUGCAUGAAGUGUUGUGCUGGGUAGCAUGGUUUUCCAUGUUGGGAUUUUGGUAUAUUAUCAUGGAGUUGUGUAAAGACAGAUAUGAAUAUAUAACAUCCUCUCCGGCCACACCACGAAACAAACACGUAAAGCUUUUCACAUUGAUUUUCUGUAUUUUUCUAUCCAGUGUUGGUUUAACUGUUUUUGCGGUUAAUUUUGGUUAUCCUGCUGGUAUAAACAUUUUUACCUUCAUGAUGGCAGAGUGUCUGCUGUUGGGUUUAAAAUCUCUUCAGCUGUUAACUAGAUAUUUUGUACAACUAACAGACGUGAUGCCAGCAGGAAAGUGGGACAUGAAGGCACAAGUUUUUUACUACAUUGAUUUGCUUAUAGAUCUUGCAAUUCUUGCAUUAGACUUAUUAUAUCAUUUUCAUAUGAUUCUGUGGUCAAAUGUUUUCUUGAGUAUGGCAAGCCUGGUACUUUACUGGAACAUCAGAACGAUUUUCAGCGAGUUAAAACGACGUUUCAAGAAGCAUAGGAUGUUUAUAAAGAUUCUGAAAAAUGUCGACACCAGGUUUCCAAUGGCAACAACAGAAGAACUUGCAGGUAUUGAAGAUCACUGUGCUAUUUGUUGGGAUACCAUGGAAACGGCAAGAAAACUCCCAUGUGGACAUUUUUUUCAUCACGCAUGUUUAUGUUCAUGGCUUCAACAAGACAUUUCUUGUCCGACAUGUCGUUGCUCUCUGUCCGCAGAUAUUGGUAUCCCACCAGCAGUCUUGCCUGACAAUGGAGACCCUUUGGUGCAAAAUGAACUACAAGACAUUGUUGAAAACAAUGCUGACGAUGCACUUGGUGGUUUACGUAAUUAUUUUUUCUAUUUGGAUGGCCAACGAAUUGCAAACUGGUUUCCAAGCCUCUCAAUUGAGGUUUUUCAUGGCAGAAUGGGUAACAACGAUCAAGAAAUCAAUGAUAUGGCUCAGCAAUUAUUUGGCAUGUUUCCUCAUAUUUCAAGAGAAGCUAUCAUUGAAGAUUUACGACAUACACGAUCAACAGAAGCCACUGCAGAUAAUAUAUUAGAAGGCCAUCUAACGCCUGCUACAUCUAUAGAAGCGGCACCUCCAGUUACUUCAUCAGUAGAAAAUGAAGAACGCCCUCCAAUAUCUGUUGACGCCACACCCAACAAUCAAACUGUAAACAAUGAACCUUCAGAUUCCGAAUCUGCGAUGGAGGAAUCGUCAGGAACCGAGGAUGUGAACUUGGAAAGAAAAGAACGAAAAUACGGUGACAAAAAGGUAGUUUAUCCAGGAGAAGUGAGAAGGCGUUAUCAACAGAAGAACACUUCACGAAAUCAAACCGAUCAGAUGGAGCAACCGAAUCAAACACAAGAAUCGAGUGCUCAGCAUUCGUUUCGAGAUGAAAGAGAAGAAAGAAGAAACGUUUUUCUUGAGGCUAUCGGAAGGCGGCAAACAUCUGUGCGCCCUCCGACGUAAGCGUGGGCGUUGGGCGCUAACUGCGUUUUCAUGGUAAUCCGCAGGUUAUAAAUGUAAAUGCAGUGCUGCAUUUUCAGUAAACCCUACAGAAUGAGAAGAUUCUCGAAAGAAAGAAUGAUAUCCGUGAGGAUUUUUCGUCUUUAUUUAAACUUGAUUUAUUUUUAGAGAAAUCAACCAUGAAGAACUGAUUCAGUCGUUUUAACAAAACUAUUUUUAUAUGAAUUGUUAUAACUUAUUAGCAUUUGUUGGCUGGUUCACUUAUGCUUUUAACAUAUGAAAAAGAAAGCUGGAAGGAGGGGAGAGUUUAAACUCACUCUCAAUAAAUGAAUACGCAUUUUGAGAAAACGUUUUUAAGGUUCUGCACCUUUUUUACGGCGUGUACAACACUUAUUGUCCUUACCAACGACUACUUUAAAGAAAGUGUUUGUGGAAGAAAAUUUCGCGGUUUUUGCGGCUUUUGGAAAAUUCGGGAAAGUUUAUUCCCGCAAAAGUCUAUCUCGUAAAAUGUUGCAAUUGAAAUCGUCUCAGAAUUCUACUUCUUCAACACAAAAUUUUGUAAAACCGCGAAAAAAAUUUUCCGCAGACUCCGUCUUCCCUUAAAGUUGGAUUUUAUUUACGUUUCAUUCUUUUUACUUCACUUACUUUAAAGUUUUUGUUUAACUCGUUGUAAUUAACGAUAAAAAAUAAUAAAUGGUCGUGAAGUAUGGACGGGUUCAACCCUGUAUGUAACAACUUGUUCAAACAAAUUAAACGGUGGGGAGGAUCAGCGUCCAACCUCCGCCCCAAUACGAAAAAGAUUAAUAUGACGAGGGGUCCCAUAUACGUCACAACAAUCUCGUUUUGGCUACCAGGUUUUCUAAGAUAAUUGGUUAAGACGUCACCAAUCCAGCAGAGAUAUCCAAUACAUGAUUUCUUUGUAAUAUUUGCGCAGAAUUUAUUUAUUUUUCAUUUUAGGUUUUCUUCGUGUGUGUACAUCUUUUCUGCGAAUAAAUUUUAAAACACAAACACACGAUGUGUGACUUAUAA